AUGAGUAACAACACGGACUUUUUGGGGCGGGCGAUUGACACGGUCAAGAAGGCCAUUGAGAACGACAAUGAGGGCGAAUACGAGAAAGCUUAUCAGCUCUACUACUCUGCUUUGGAGUUGUUCAUGCUGGCGCUCAAGUGGGAGAAGAACCCCAAGUCCAAGGAGAUGAUUCGCGCCAAAACUGGAGAAUAUAUGGACCGCGCCGAAAAGCUGAAGAAUCACCUAGCGUCAGCAGAUAAGAAGAAACCAAGCGCCGUGGGCGCGAAUGGAAAGGUCGCUCCAGGAAGCGGGAAAGGGAACCAGGAGGACGACAAUGGCGAGGAUGCAGAGUCCAAAAAGCUCCGAUCGGCGCUCCAGGGUGCCAUCCUGUCAGACAAGCCGAACGUGAAAUGGGAGGAUGUUGCUGGUCUGGAGGGCGCGAAGGAAGCCCUGAAAGAGGCAGUCAUUCUUCCCAUCAAGUUCCCACACUUGUUUACAGGCAAGCGGCAACCCUGGAAAGGUAUCUUGCUCUACGGGCCCCCUGGUACCGGAAAGUCCUAUCUUGCGAAGGCCGUUGCGACUGAGGCCAACAGCACCUUCUUCAGCGUCAGUAGUAGUGACCUGGUGUCGAAGUGGAUGGGUGAGAGUGAAAGACUUGUUAAGCAACUUUUUAAUAUGGCCCGUGAGAACAAGCCAGCCAUUAUUUUCAUUGAUGAAGUCGAUGCGCUGUGUGGGCCCCGUGGAGAAGGCGAAUCCGAGGCAUCUCGACGUAUUAAGACGGAGUUGCUGGUUCAGAUGGACGGCGUUGGAAAGGACUCUAAGGGUGUUUUGAUCCUGGGCGCGACCAACAUUCCCUGGCAGCUGGAUGCUGCUAUUAGGCGACGAUUCCAACGCCGAGUUCACAUCAGUCUUCCGGAUAUCAAUGCGCGGAUGAAGAUGUUCAUGCUGGCCGUGGGCUCAACACCGUGCCAUAUGACCCAGGUGGAUUACCGGACAUUGGCCGAAAUGAGCGAAGGCUAUUCUGGUAGUGAUAUCAGUAUCGCCGUGCAAGAUGCGCUGAUGCAGCCAAUUCGCAAGAUUCAAACCGCGACGCAUUAUAAGAAGGUUACUGUCGAGGGUGUCGAGAAGCUUACGCCAUGCUCACCAGGCGAUGCCGGCGCAGUCGAAAUGACAUGGCUCAACAUUGAAGCAGAGCAGCUCUUGGAGCCUCCACUUGUGCUGAAGGACUUCAUCAAGGCGGUUAAGAAUUCCCGGCCUACUGUCAGUCAGGAAGAUCUUACAAGGAACUCGGAGUGGACCAAGGAGUUUGGCAGCGAAGGCGCAUGA